AAUACGUAUUUCCAUGAAUCUUCGAUUUCAAAGUGCAUAGACGUUUCUCCUAAUCUAAUUUAAGAAAUUUGCAACGGAAUCAUACGUUCAGUUUGUAAUUGGUCGUUAACAAUGCCACUUACUCGACGAAACAUCCUAAUCACCGGAGGUUGUGGAUAUGUGGGCUACAAUAUUGCUCUGGCCCUUAGUCGAGAUCCUAGGGUUACAGUGAUCUUAUACGAUAUUCACGACAACGAAUCGAUCAAAUUCAGCUUGCCAGCCAAUAUAAAGAUUGUUCUUGGUGACAUUUGUGACGAAGAAAGACUUAUCGAGGUCUUAAAAGACAACUGCGUCACUGGAGUGAUUCACACCGCUGGUUAUGGUCUUUUUGGGACCUCAAAUCUUCCGGCAUUCAACGACAUCACUCAAAAGGUCAAUGUAGACGGAACCCGAUCGGUUUUGAGAGCUUCUGAACAGGUCAAAAUUCAGGCUUUGGUAUACACAUCAACGUUGAAUGUGGCUUUUCGCGGUCAUGAGAUUAUCAAUGGCAAAGAAUCUGACAUUCCAAGAUCCGACCAAGGGUUUCUAGAUGAUUACUCCAAAACCAAAUAUGAAGCGGAGCAAAUGGUCCUAGCAGAACCAUCAUCGAUGAGGAAAACCAUUCUCCGAUUGGGUGGCGUCUUUGGACCCAAUGAGAAGGCCAUGCUUCCCAGGUCGAUCACCGCCAUCAGCUCGGGCCUACUGAAUUUGGCCUACUGCUUGAAAUCAGAUCUCAAGAUCGACUUGGUCCACAUCGACAAUGUUGUUCAAGCACAUGUUAAAGCACUUAAUGCCUUAUUGUGCCCUGGAGAUGCGUGCCAAGCUGACCAACAGAUCUUUUCCAUUACUGAUGGCAAUCCAACCAACUUGAGAUACUUCCUUGAUCCGUUGAAUGUCGCCUUGGAAGGCAGAAGCCUGAAUCCAAUGGUGGAAGUCCCAUCGAUCAUCAUCAUAAUGAUCGCAACCGUUUUUCAUGCCUUAUCCAAAACCAUUGGAAAAUCAUUCACCCUCCCAUUUUGGGGACUUACUCCUAUGGAAGCCAAAAAGAUCACGGUGACGCAUUACUUUUCCAUUGAGAAAGCGAGGGUCAUCCUUGGAUAUCAACCCACUCUACCCACGGAUUUAUGGCCACGCAUCUUAUCCUCUUAUGGGUUGAAAAAAUCCCUCAAGACAACGAGAGGCUUAUUUUCUAUUAAAUUUGACGUGUCCAUGCCAUUGAUUGCGUCAUCUUGCUUUGCUCUUCUGUUCUCCGUCUGCCUUGCUGUCUUGCAGACUUGCUGUCUGUAAUGGUGAAUCUGGAAGCUCGUAACCAAUCCUUGAUGAUAAACUAUUUGAACUCA